UGCGUGGGUUGGCUUUAACCACUACUACACUCCUCCCGCCUUAAAUGGCCUCCCCCUCCCCUCCGCCGCCGCCCGCCGGCGACCAGCGGCCCCACCACCCCCUCCUCGCCGCGGCCGCGGCCGCCUCCCUGCUCGCCGUCCUCUACCUCCCGCGCCCACUCCUGCAGCUGCUCCUCUCCCCCGCCCCGCUCUCCUCCGUCCUCCUCCUCGUCUACCUGCUCCGCCUCGGCUCCCCGCCACCUGCCGCGACCCUAGCUCCUCCUCCUUCCCCGCCGCAGGAGAGAGCCCAGGAGGUCGCCCCGCCUCCGCCUCCGCCUCCCCCGCCGCCGCCGCCGCCGCCGGUGAAGCCCCAGAGCGUGUUCCUGGAGCCCGAGUUCGCGUCGUGGGCGCCCAAGGGCCGCGCCCUGGAGGUGAUCCACGAGGAGUUCGAGGCGGAGUGGGGGCCGGAGGAGAUGGGCCUGCCCUGGACGUCGGACUCCGACUCGGACAGCUGCAGCGGCAGCGACGACUACGACGACGGCGGCAGCGGCGGCGGGGAGGAGUACGGGAUGAUCGAGAUCGAGCUGGAGGAGGACAACCUCAUCGAGAUCGACAUCUCGAGCUGCCGGUGAUGGAUUCCCCCGACAUUCCGACCGGUUUUCCUUCUCUUGCGUUGGCUUUGACAAAAACCAAAUACAUUUUGCUGAUUCGGCGUGUGAAUUCGAGUGCCGUUCUUUAUUCUCUUCAUUACUUAGAUGCUUCCCUGCAAUGUACAUAGGCUGGUCACUGGUGAGCUGAGAAAGAUACUACCGAGUGAGGAAGGCUUGCUAAUUUUUGGUUCAUCUGAGAUGAUGGCGAGUUUAGUUUGAUCCUGCUACUACUUACUAGUUUUUGUGCCAUGUUAAUCACUUGUCACCUCAAGGAAGGAAUCAACUUGUGAUGCUUGCAUUGGUCUUUCUUUA